AUUCCUUUUUUCUACAUUUAGACUGCAUCCCUUUCUUUUUUGUUUUGGAGUGGUAGUGUGGCACAUGCUCCCAAAGAGCAAACGAAAGAAGUGCCAAAGUCGUAGCUUUACUCGUACUCGAGAAGCAUUUUAUAACGUGUAGCUAUUCUUGGAAAAAUCCCGUGGAAAAUUAUUAGCAUGGCAACUACUCAAGUAACAACAACAAAUGGAGUGCAUUCCGAAACAAACGGAGAAACGCGGACGCAGAUGACAAAAUUCUGGAAACAACAUUCACAAAAUGGUGACGUCACAGAGAUGAUGUUAGACACGCAAGCAGCAGAAAUAAGUGAUAUUGAAAUCGAUGAAAUAAUCAAGUAUUUACCGGAUUACGAAGGGAAAGAUGUACUAGAACUCGGAGCCGGAAUUGGACGAUUUACAUCAAUAUUGUCGAAAAAAGUCAAAUCGGUAGUCGCCGUUGAUUUCAUGGAUAACUUUGUUAAGAAGAACCAAGAAGUAAACGGCCACAACAAAAACGUUACAUUUUUGUGCAAAAAUGUUUUAGAACUUGAAUUCGAAGAAAACAGCUUGGAUUUGAUAUUUUCGAACUGGUUGUUGAUGUAUCUCGGUGACAAUGACAUCAUAAUACUUAUUGAUAAAAUGUUAAAAUGGUUGAAACCUACUGGACGACUAUUCUUCCGUGAAUCUUGUUACCAACAAUCAGCGAUUCGUCUCAUAUCCGAUCUAGAAAAUCAUCAUGCAACUCAUUUCGGAAUGUCCACUGACGAUUGUUGUAUCUUAUCUACUGACCAUUAUACACUCACAGGUAACAAAGAACGGUCAUUCAAUCCUACGAUCUACCGCAGUCCAAAUGAAUACACCAAUCUCGUCAGUUCCGUGACGAAUAAGAGCAAAAAUGGAAAAGCUUACGGAUUUGAUCUGGUUACGUCAAAAUCGGUUGAGACUUAUAUCAUGAUGAAAAAUAACCACAACCAAAUCUGCUGGCUGAUGGAACCGGCCGAACGGGACUCAGCGGAAUAUCAUGGAUAUGAAACGUUCCAAAAAUUUCUUGAUCAGAAGCAAUACAGUUUGAAUGGAAUUUUGCGUUAUGAAGAAAUAUUUGGACGAGACUAUAUCAGUACAGGAGGACACUCGACUACCCAGGAAUUCUGUGGCUCAUUGGGACUGACGAAAGGCCAGAAGGUGUUAGAUGUGGGAUGCGGAAUCGGAGGGAGUGCUUUCCACAUGGGCAGGGAAUUUGGGGCUGAAGUCAUUGGCAUCGAUUUAUCAUCGAACAUGAUCGGAAUCGCGAUUGAACGUCAGAGGGAAUAUCAAAUUCCAAAAGUAUACUUCGAAGUGGCAGAUGCGACUAAGAUACAAUAUCCUGAAGACGCAUUCGAUGUGAUAUACAGUCGCGAUACAAUUCUGCAUAUCAAGCACAAAGAUCAACUGUUCGAGAAUUUUUAUAAAUGGUUAAAACCAGGAGGCAAAGUAUUGAUAACUGAUUAUGUAUGUGGCCCGCAUGAUAAACAUUCUCAAGAAUUCAAAGAUUACGUUGCACAGCGAGGAUAUUUCUUACUGACGGUCGAUCAAUACGGCCAGGAACUUCAAAACGCUGGCUUCACGAAUGUCAAAGCGGUUGAUAAAACUGAUAUGUUUGUGUCCAUUCUACAAAAAGAGUUGCAAGUUUUCGACAGGAAAAAAGGCGAUUUUGCAAAGAAAUUUUCCGUUGAAGAUUUUGACUCGAUCAAAACUGGUUGGAACGAUAAAUUACGACGAUGUGGUAAAGGAGAUCAAAAGUGGGGGUUUUUCUACGCUGAAAAGGCAUAACAAAAGGAAAUUCUCCAAUCAAUCCAGCAUUAAUUCAUUAUUGGUGUUUAAUUAGUUGCAAUAUCUUUAUUUUAUCAUCUUUAUUGUAUAAUUCAUAACAUAGCUAAAUAGUAGAAAAUAUUUUGAGUACUUUUUUUAAUUUGUAAAUUUGUAAAUAGCGUCUUGUUAUAAAUACCUCGCUAACUCAUAUUGAAAUUAUUUUUCGAUUAAUAACUAGACAUAUUUUGGACAAAAUAUGGUGAAUAAUUCCACUAUUCAAGUUUUCUCAAGACUUCAGUAAUUGCCAUCUUACUUACAGGUAUUCAAUAAUUAUAUAUUUUCUUGUUUUCACUAGAAAAUUAAAACAGUAAUGUGAGUUUUAAUUUAAAACACUUUUUUGCCAACCAUACGUACUAUAUCAUAUUGUAUAUAUGUGAUUGUGAAAAAACUAAUUACGCAUACGGGAAUUGAAACCCAUUCGCAUGUUUAAAAGUCCUGAAUUCGUCCUUAUACUUCGGUUUAAGAAUGAUUUUUCCCACACUUUCGAAUAUAAUUUAAAAAAUUGGAUACAUAUCGUUUUACAAGCUUGCUUAAAUGAAUUUCAUUUUGAAAACGGUCAUAUUUUCCAUACAUUCGACUUAACAACUUCUCUUAUUGAUAGAUUAAAUGGCAUAAACUAUUACACUGAAACUUCUGUCCGACACGGCCAGGGGUGGAAGAGUGAUCAAAAUGAUUUUUCAAAGUAGAAACAUUCGAGAAACUGAACCUUAAUUGAACUAAACAGCGCACUUGACCCGAACGCGUUCUAUUCAGAUGGAGUACAACCGACAAAGAUGCAUGGCAAUCUAUUUGAAUUUUUGUUUUCUUUGCGUCAUAAAUUUGUUGAAUCUUACCAAAUAAUAGAAUUUUUAUUUAACAAUUAAAAUUUACUAUAAUUUUCUCUACAUAUGUAGUUUUUCUAUAUACUGGUUUAUAGAAAGAAGACUUUUGAUCAUGUUAUUUGGUAGAACACAGCAUCAUCAGAGACCGCAAUAUGUUGUCGUCCAACUCAGGUUGGGUUCCAGAUGUUCUGGCGACGCUGAAAAUUGACAAUAGUCUCCCGACGUCUGGUUGAAAAAACCGUUGUUGCUCAGACAACGGGUUGUGAAAAAAUUUCCAGCUCCAAAUGAAUCAAAUUUUGAUUACGAAAUGCUUUGGUGUAUACAGCCUUUCUUUUGUAGACCAUUUGGGACGAUUGGUAAACAUGAUGCUUUUUUAAAUUCAUAUAGAAAAUGGCUUCUUUUAUCGUUGAAAGUUUCAAAUUCUGAUUCCGGAAAAUUCAGAAUUUUGUUUUCUACUCCAAGAGUACUCAAGUUGAAAUUGUCUAAAUUCCGAUUCGACAGUCUUGGUGUAAUCCAAAGUUUCUGGCAAUUUUGUUUCAUUAGAAUCGAAUUCAGAUAAUGCUUGCCUGCACCCAACACCAUAUCAAGUUGAACACUGAACUUUUUUGAAUAAGUAAAACAAUACUUUGAAAUUUUUUCUCACCGACGAUCUCGAUAAAUUAAUUUGAACUUGCAUAUGCAUCCAAUCAUACGGUGAAUUAGUUUUUGAGUUGAACAUGUAGGACUGUAAAACCGCUCUUGCCUUCUCGUGGUUUCAAAUCGGUUGUCCGUGAAAAAGGUCGAAAUUUCAGAAGUUGUAAAGGUGUGUAAGCGCUGGGACAAAGUAGGGAAAUCCCGACUUUGUGGACAACACCACUGAACCAAUCGCACUGUAUUUAGCAAUCGGUUGCGCUUGAUGCCACAAUCAGGAUGAACAAAACUAAUCUAACUACUAAAAGUAUAAUACAAGGUAAGCUAACUUUAUUAUUUCAUUUAAAUUGAGAGAGAGAUUUAUUUUUUCGUUAACGAGCGUUGCACGGAUAAUAAUCAUAUAUAUAUAUAUGCAAAAUAAUAACAUACGCAAAGUUUUCGGUAUAGACUGGAGGGAAUGAUACGGCAUCAGAGUCUGCUCAGUUUGUAUGUUGACGCAUGAAACCCAAAUUUGAAUCGAGGGUAGUUGUCUAAAUGUACUGAUGAACCGAGCAUUGUGGCCCGGAAUUGAAAAACAAAAUUUAAUCAAAAGUAGAUUAAUAUCUGGCUACUGGGGCGCCAUUAAAUACAAAAAUACUCAUAAAGUAUUUGUUACAUUUGUUGUUACAUUAACCAACGCGAAACUUAAAUCGGUUUUGAAAUUACGUUACCAGGUAUUGGGAUUUGUAUAUGCACGCACUCAAGGGCGCGUAACUUAUUGCGUUUUCAAUUGUUAUGUUUUUAAUUCAAUUUUUGUUUUGGGAAUAUUUCAUUACAAUUUGUUUUAUUCAACCUAUUGAUUGCUUAUUGUUAUUUAAUCAUUUCUCCUUUUGAAUAUUAAAAAAGUUUUUAUAGUUCAAUUGUGUUAGUAUUCUCUCAAUGAUUAGAUAAAUAAAGUAACUUUUCGCUGUUGUUUUAACUUUUA